AUGAGCAACAAUGACACUACAAAGAAGCAAACGGAGAGCAUCAAAGAACCAACAGAGGAUGAGAAGCAAACAAAGGCAGAUGAAGCUAAGGAGCAAUUUGUGAUGCCAAAUAAAAGCACCAAAGAGAAGGACAAUCAGCCACAGAGGUCAAGGGAAAUGACUCAGGAAACCGUGUUACUCACCGAGGAAUGCAGUGCUGUGAUUCAACGGGGCAUUCCACCAAAACUCAAGGAUCCGGGAGGCUUUGUAGUAUCGUGCACUAUUGGCAAAACAAUUCUCAACAAAGCUCUCUGUGACCUUGGGGCCAGCAUCAAUUUAAUGCCUCUUUCAAUGAUGAGAAAGCUUGAUAUAGAAGAGCUUAAGCCCACCAGGAUGUCAUUAGUUAUGGCUGACAGAUCCAUCAAGACACCCAAUGGAAUUGUGGAGAAUCUGUUGGUGAAGAUUGGGGAAUUUAUCUUCCCAGCAGAUUUUGUGAUUUUGGAUACUGAAGAGGAAGGAAGCGACUCAAUCAUUCUAGGAAGGCCAUUUCUACACACAGCAAGAGCCAUCAUUGAUGUAGAAAAAGGGGAAAUGAUCUUCAGAGUCCAUAAUGAACAAAUGAUCAUAAAUGUUUUCAAGUCAAUGCAAACAUUCCGGAGCAAGAGGACUACGUAA